CCCAGCGCAAGUUUUCCUCCAUGAAUUGACAUGUUAUCCCGGCCUUGAAGGUUAAUGAAUAACGAGUGGCGUCCAAUGCCUUAAAAAUAGAAGAUAUCCCAUACACACCAGAGAGAGAGAGAGAGUUUUCAUUUCAGUCGGUCCCAUUGCAUUGCGUGAAGAUGAGUCUGCAAGCGGCCUUUUACAGUGUGGGCAUUCCGACCUUAACACCUACCCCUAAACGUUCCCUCCAUCCCAUCCGAGCCCAAGUGGAGCCUUCAGAGAAGUCUGUUGAGAUAAUGAGGAAGUUCUCAGAGCAGUAUGCACGUCGUUCAGGGACAUAUUUCUGUGUUGAUAAAGGAGUUACGUCUGUUGUUAUCAAGGGAUUGGCUGACCACAAAGAUGCAUUGGGAGCCCCAUUGUGCCCUUGCAGGCAUUAUGAUGACAAGCCUGCUGAGGCACGGCAAGGAUUUUGGAACUGUCCAUGUGUUCCCAUGAGAGAGAGGAAAGAAUGCCACUGUAUGCUUUUUCUCACACCCGAUAAUGACUUUGCUGGGACAGAACAGGCCAUCUCCUUGGAAGAAAUCAAGGAAUCUACGUCUAAUAUGUAACCAUUGUCCUCUGUGAAUUCUCUCAUGUAAUCAUGCCUACUUUAUAAUUGUAUGUGUAUAAUGAGAGAAGCACUUGUCGCUUGUGAAAUUUCAUAAUCGUUAAAUCGUUCCAUACAAGGGCCACAUUGAAGUUUUGUUGUAAGGCCUCGAAUAAUUCAUUACUCGACAGGGUUUACCGGAA